CUUUUACUAAUAUUUGUUGCGACAAGAUUUCUUUCCACCUGCUAUUCCCGAGCCCAAGGGCUUCAUCAAGGAGGCCAGGGGAGCCUAAGCCGACAGCGGCGUAGAUAUCAAAGCUGGGUAGGUUCAGUGCAGAGUAGGUUCAAAGUUGAGCAGCUGCGGCGCCGCCAAGUGGUGAUUGAGAUUGACAGGAAGGCACUUAGCACGGCCAUUUUUACUACUUUUCUAGCUGUCCACGGUGGUGGACAUAUUGUCCAUGAGAUUAGUCAGUGAUAAAAGGAUACCUAGAUAAUUUAAUUGCAAGAGAGAUGUAAUAUCUAAUAAAGAGAACAAUGUCUUUAAUAAAGCAAGCGUUUCUAACCUAUACUUCUAACUAUUAGGUAGGCGCAAAACGGCAAAAUAUGACCUCAAGUACACUUUAAGCACUACCACCUUUAUCAACCUUCUAGAUGCCCAGGCGUACGGGCAUGUUGUCCACGAAAUCAUUCAGCGAUAUAUAAAAUGGUAGCUCAAUAUCCUCACUGCAAAGAAAAAAAAAAGAAGACAUGCGUCUUGGAGAGCACAGUAACUCGAAUAAACCAACCGUUCCUCACAUUUACAUGCCUAUUAUUUUAACCAUUAGGUAGGCGUAGUUAUCGCCAUCUCGCGGACGAUGACGAUUUCGUGACGUAAGUACACCUGGCAAAUUUUCGGGUGUGUCCCGGCAUAAAAUACCUUCGUGUUACAAAAAAAAAAGAGAAAACAAGAACACGCACGUAAAGCUGCCACCAGUCAGUCCUGGCAUGCUUGCGCCCAGGUCUGGUCCGUGGUGACGGCCACGAACAGCAUGUUCGCGCUGGUGUUGGUGGGUGCCAUUCUGGCGGUGCUGGUACCCGUGAUGGGUCUGCUGGUCCUGAUGUGCCGCUGCGUGUGUGGCCUGUGCGGCGGCGGAUCGGAGCAAGAGACCAAGGACGACCUCGGCAAGCGAAACACGUGGGGAUGCGUGUUCACCAUCCUCUACAUGCUACUAAUGUUUCUCCUUGUCGGCGCGAUCUUCUGCGUCAACCACCUGCCCGCGGCGAUCAGCAGCCUCCAGGAUCACGCCAAGUUCCUGGCCGACAACGCACCCCAAAUACUGUGGAAGCCCGUGAACGACACUGACGUGCUCGUGAAUACCAACUCUGACGAGUUCCAGACGGCAGUCUCCGCGCGACUCAAAGCGUGCGCCAUCGAUGUGGGCGUGGCCAUGGAUCAAGGGCUAACCAGCUCCCCGCUGCUCAAGAUCGUCAACACCACUGCGCAAUACCUGCAGGCUGUGGAGCCUCUCGCAACGAAGCUCGUCGACGCCGUGGAGCAGCUGAAGGGGAACAUGAGCGACCUGUGGCAGCAGUACAUGCACAACGCCUCGACGGAGCUGGCGCAGGCCGAGACCCGCUGUCCGGGCUGCGUGCCGGCCCAGCACAAGAAGCAGGUGGACGACUUCAACGACGCCCUCAACGUGGUAUCUGCUUCCGUGGACCAGCUGAAAACGUUGAAGCAGACGAUUGAGAAUGCCAACUUACAGCAAUACGCCGACAAGGUCGGUCAAGGCAGUGCCAUCAAAGUUAUGCUCCAGGAAAAAGCUGUGGCCAACCAGUGCGGCUGCGCUAACCAGCGCACCGGCCUGUGCAGCCUGCGUUCGGGCAGCUGGCUCCUGUCUGGCGCCGUGCUCUUUUUCCUGCUCACCUUUUCGCUGUCCAUCGUGGCGUCCUCCGUUGGCGUGAUGGUGGGCAUCGGCAUCGAGCGUGUCCUCUGCCACCCGCUCGAGCAACCCACGGCGCCCGAGUGUCGGCACAUGCUGACGUUCGUCCACAAGGCCCUGUUCCCGGUGCGUCACGUGACCUGUUUAAAGGGACGUCGGGAAGCUUUUCCGGCUUGUCCAUAUAUAAAACAUAUUGCCCUCUGCGGAAUAGUGGCUUGCCAGAUACUUGGACGGAAGUGUACUAACAACGCGGGGAGCGACCAGAGGACUGCGUGGGCCGUUUUUUUUUUCUUGCCCGGCCACGGCCCGAAACUGCCAUGCGCGGGUUCCCAUUGAGCCCGGCGCGGUGUUUUCAAACAUGGUCCGUACCCGGUCCAACCCGGUCCGGUUUUCGAGCCUAAGCUUUGUGGGGAUUAACGAUGAAUUCGCCGCGCCAUGGCGCGGGCGCAUUCACCUGUUCUCC